UGCGAAAUACUUUUUCCCUCCUGUUUAUUAAAAUUCCACAGGAUAUUUUGUAUUUUAAAGAAGGUAUUUGAACAUGGAGUCACGGUUUGCUUACCUCCGGGAGCGGGACACAAGCGUGUCAAUGCUGAGGGUAAAAAUGUCCCGCAGAAGGUCUCAGUCCCAAAAGGAGAAUCGAGAGCGGGUUGUGAAUACACGCAGGAAACUGGAUAAACUCUCAGAGCUGGAGAUGUCUUCAUUGAACGUUUCCAUAGCAACAGCCAACAUGUCUCCUAUUCAGGAGAAACAGAACAACGCCAAGUCUGCUAAAAGUACCGUUUUGGCUCAAGACAGAUUAAAACGACUCGAGCGCUGGAAAGAACAGAAGUCCCUCCAGAAGGAGAAGGAAAAGAGAGAAAAGGAGCGCAAAGGGAUAUUUAAGAUUGGCCUCUAUCAGCCAAAGGACACCAUCACUUAUUCCUCGCUGCCCCCAGUUCCACCUGCUUCAUCCAGAUCUAAGGAGAAAAAGGUGACUGCAGCUCCAACCCAAAGUACCAGAGUCACUCGUUCGAUGAAACAGCAAGAAGCACAAAAGCCUCUGAUGUUGCAGAACCCACAUACCGCAGCAAAUAAAGCUCAACCUGCAGCAGAAAGAUCAACCAGAGCCCAUGUUGCUGUCAUCAAGCCUCAACCGGCUGCUUCCAGGGCCAACGUUCGUGCAGGUAACUACCCGGGGGUACAGGGUCCCACACAUUCUUCUUCAACCAGAUCAGCCAGCAAGACCGUUAUAAAAACUCCUGUGGUGAAAGACGAUCUUAAGGCCAAGGCUGCGGACGUGAGAACGACCAGGUCCAGGGCUGUUGUCAAACCUCUGGCCCCUCCCUCUGGUGAAGCUGAGAAGUGUAAAGUUGUGAGCAGCAUCGCAAACACUGCUGCUUCCAAGAAGCUGGAGUUGAAGGAGCACCAGGAGCCAGCGCAAACACUUCGUCCUCCCAGCCCACAACCCUGUCCCAAGGAGGAAGACAUGGACGUGGACCCUGCUCCGAAGGAGUGUGUUCCUGUUAAGAACUCUGUCCGUCAGUCAUUUGCUCCAGAGGGUUUUAUCUUCCAGGCUCCCUCUGGCUUGUCUUCUUUUAAGUUCGAGCCCCUGACUCCUCGCUCAGCUGACGCUUUCCUCACACCAAGUUCUAGUUUCAAUCUUCCGACAUCUCCAGUGUUAACAGCUGAGUCCAAACCAAGUGAAGCCACUCCACCAACGACUCCUCGUACGUCUCCAGCAGGUGCUCCUCCGACCCCAGGAAAUCCACUGGAAUCAAAGCACAAUGUACCUUACUUCAGAUCGGAAAUCGUCAACGAAACAGACAGACUGAUGACUCUUUGUCUCCUCUGGGAGGCUAAAGUGGACGAUGAGUCCGUUCCAGAAGAAAUGAGAAAUUGCAUGCGUACAGCUGUUGGUCAGGCAAGGCUGCUGAUGAAAGAGCGUUUCAACCAGUUCAGUGGACUGGUGGAUGACUGUGAGCUGGGGCGAGGGGAGAAGAUCACCACCUGCACUGACCUGCAGGGGUUCUGGGACAUGGUUUGUUUCCAGGUGGAAGACGUGCACAAGAAGUUUGGUGCUCUCAAAGACGCAGAGGCUCGAGGGUGGGUGGAGGAGCACAAACCCCCACCGCGCCAGAGGAAGAUAGUGAAGAAACCACCAGCAGCACCACCAGCCAAGCCAGCAGUUACCAAAGCUGCAGCCAAGUCUCGUCUGGCUGCUGUGAAAGCUGCCAUGAAAGCCAAACAGCAGGCAGCCGAGGCAGAGAAAGCAGCACAGGAGGCUGCAAACACAGAAAACCAAACCUCUCAAGAACCACAACCCCAAGCAGAGGCCCAAACUCAGGAAACGGUGGUCUUUGAUGGAGGUUUCUUUAAAGUGGAGAGUCCAGCCAAACCAUCAGCUCGGAGAUCAAGUCGUGGGAGCACUGCUGUGCUUCCUCAGGCCUCUCCCGUCUCUCUGCUCUCACCCAGAAGAGUCACUCGAAGGUCCCUCGCGCUGGUCCAGACUCCUGUUGGUGCACGCGCUUCUCCUGCUAGACGUGGCCACACUCCAGGCCAGCUCCACCUCAGCCUUGAGCAAACUCCAGCGUCGAAGUCCCGGCGCGCCACUCCUCGGGCCUCUCAGAGCAGAGUGGACACGGUAAACGUCUCUCUGUGUUUCUCACCUGUAAAGGAAGUGCCUUCAGAAGAGGUCCAGUCUGAGCAGAACCUCACACAGCAGUCAGAAAGCGUCUCUGUGCAGGAAGAGCCUGAAGCAACGGUUUCAGUAGAAAAGGAUGAUAAACCAGCUGUCACUAUCACCAGGGACCUCCCACUGUCACCGAGACUUUCCCCCUCUCCAGUCCUGCAGGCUCCAGAGCCUCCAUCAUCCCUGAGUUUCUUGCUGUCCCCUUGUGGAACUUCUAGUCCUCCACCCACCUCCUCUCCUGCUGUGCAGCUUCAUGUGGAGGCCCAGCAGUCUGAGUGUGUCACUUCUGAUGGUUCCAUCAUUGAGGAGGUUCCUGUUUUUGAUUUUGAGCGCUACCUCCAGCCUUCAAAACGAUGCAGCUUGUCACCUAGAGAUGUGGGUGCUGGAGAGAUGUUGUCACCCAGGGGAGCAGAUGUCGAGAUGGAGAGUCCCAGAGGUCAACCUGAGGAACUUGUGUGGCAGGAGCCAGCGUUCUCAGCGGUGUCUUCGAUCUUUACUCUUCCAACUCCACAGGUGCCGACUGCUGAGUCAGACCUGCUUCUGUUCACCCCCGACCUCAAGGACAGGAUUCGUGAAUCCGUCUGUCCCAGUGAGCUCAUGGUCUUCACCCCACCUUCCAUCAUGUAG